AUGAGCUCAUUGAAUGAUACUAAUUCUCGAGAUGAGACUAUUGUUCUCGUGACCGGCUUUGCUCCUUUCCGGGUCUCUAACCCCAUCAAUCCGGCGUGGGAGAUUACCCGUAAUCUGCCGUGCAACUACCCUUUAUAUGGCGCCCAAGAAACAUCCGACCAUUCGUCCAGCACUCAAUCUAUAAUUCAGAUAAAGGCCUAUCCAGAGCCAGUCAAAGUUGCAUAUAAAAAUGUUCGCGAUAUCGUGCCUAGAUUAUGGGAUGACGAAAAGAUCGAUUUUGUCAUUCACAUCGGUGUUGCGGAAGAGCGAGACUACUACAGUAUAGAACGGCGCGCUUAUCGUGACGGACAUAUAAUGCCAGAUGUAGACGGAAUGUUGUGUGCAGACUUAACGGAACGACAUAUAAAAGGUGUCAAGUGGAUAUGGCACGAUAUGCCCGAUGAAAUUCUAUCAGAUGUGCACAUUGAUGAUGUUUGCGCUAAGUGGAAAGAAUCCUUGCCUACCAUUGAUGUUCGAGUCUCAGAAGAUGCGGGCCGGUAUUUAUGCAAUUUUAUUUACUACUCCAGCCUAGCACAGCUUACGAAGAAUAAAAAGCCAAAGAAAGUCGUAUUCCUGCAUGUCCCAAAUAAGAUUGAUACUGCGUCUAUCGAGAUUGGUGUUACAGUCACCACUCAGCUGAUUCGGGCCAUAGCACAAAUGGAAACUGAUAAUAAACCAAACCCAACCACUUAG